UUAUAGAAGAUUGAAUCAAAAUAUGACAAUCAUGGAACUGGUAGUCAUUUUUUGCCCAGUUGGCAGGUUAUUUUUUUAAUUUUUUGCACCCAUAUUUAAAAAUGUUGUGAAAAUAAAUUUAUAUUUUAAGCCUACAUGUGUAAUACAUUAUUGUUUUAGAGGAAUGUAAAGAUAAUCAUGGUAUAAAAAUAUGCUUGAACAAUUAAACAAACAUUUUAACUAUAAUAUUUGUUACUUUUCAUUUUUUAACAUUUAAAAAUCUUUCAAUAAUGCCUUUUAGUUUUUGGUUUUCAAAAUAAUUUCAUCGAAUUUUCCAUCUUCACUUGUUAUGUGAUCUGGUACCCCUGUAUAAAAUAAUGGACGGUAUUAAGAGAAAUAGGACCAACAAGGCGUAAGUAAUAGAUGUCUUCUUACAUUUGUUAUCAAAUGUUAUCUUAAUAAGCACGGCAUAGGCAUAAUGCAGUACUCCCAUUUAAGAAAUUGGAUAUAAGCUAAUGUAAAACUGUGGACAAAGUAUUAGUAAUGCCAUUAGAAUCUAGAUGUAUGUUAAUUUAAAUAGUCUUAAGACACAUGUAACUACUAAAUUAUAAAUGUUCUUAUUUUCCAGAUGAAUUAAUAUUAAAUAAUACUGGAAAGUAUGGUUUAGUGAAUAUCUUAAUCAAAUAAAUAUUUAUUGAAUUUAAUACAAAGAAAAAAUAUUAUGCUAGUAAACUCCCAACACACUGUACUUAAUUUUUUUUAAUGUGUCUGAUCAUUACUAUAAUAUAUUAUUUAAAAUAUGAAGAAAAAGUUACUUAGUGAAAUAAUCAACUGAAUUCACAACAACUGUUCUUUCUGUUGAUUUAGUAAAGACUUGUACAAUACAUUUUGUACGGCCAUAGAACCAUGCUCACUAGGUUAGUGAGAUAUCCAACGUGCAUAUGAGAAAGACUACUUUAAUAACAUUUCACAAAUAUUGAUUUAUUCUGGAAAAAUUAUCAUGAUAGUCUGUUAUCAAUUUCUUGUGUGUUCCUUCAAUCCUACGAGCAAUUGUAAUGCAGUUAUGGUCAUGAAGUUAUUCAUUCUCAUACUUAUCCACAUUCUCGUGGUAGAACCAAGGCCAUCAACAACAACAUUAGGGCUAUCCAAAGAGAUCUGCUCCGAUGAAGACGAAGCUGAAGAAGAGAGCAGUUCUGAGAUCAUUGAAAGUAACAGUUCCGGAUCCAGUAACUGCUCUGACAGUAGUUCCAGCUCUGAAAGCUCAUGUGAUAGUUCCAAUGAAAGUGGAGAAAUUUAUGAUUUUGAUGAAUAUUGUAAAACUAAUGAUUAUGGCAACAAGCCACGGCUGGUGUGAAGGUGAUAGUAAUGAUUAUGAUGAUGAUGAUUGUAAUUAAAAAGAACCAGUUUAAAGUCUCUAUUUAACACAAUUGUUUUAUCAUA